UUCUUCCUUCUCACAAAACCUCAGAAGCUGUAAAUUUUUUUGUGUGUUUUUGAAGGUUUAUAGAUUGUUAUACCCAAAGACGAGAAAGAAACCAAGACAACUCGAAAGAUGAGAUUUUUAUGGUCAAUUCUUGUUGUGUGCACUCUGUGGAGCCGUGCUUUGGCCGAUCAGAUCUUCCCAGGUCCUGUGGCUGGUUCCUUCAGUCGCAGCUCUCAUGAACCAAAGUAUAAGAUUGAAUUCCAUCCAGAGGACUCACCUUUUCAUCCCAUGCCAACAACUUUGCAGGAUGAUGACCAGGAGUCGGUGAUUAUACCCGAUAAGAAUGGACAGAAUUAUUUAUGUUACUUGCCCAAGGUGGAGAAAGUCAAGAGUGGAAAGCCUGUUAAUCAAUUGAACGUGAGCAGCAUGAUUGUGGAAACUGAGAAACCUGUCAAAUUGAAAACACCAGAUGAGCUGCUUGAAGUGUUGAAAGAUCGAUGUUUCAUCAGACAAGAGGGUUGGUGGUCUUAUGAAUUCUGCUAUCAGAGGAAAUUGCGGCAAGUUCAUUUAGAGGAUGAUAAGGUUGUCCAGGAAUUUGUUUUGGGUGUUUAUGAUGAAGAAGCCACAGCUGCCUACAACCAGAAUCUCUCUGAUGUUUCUACUUUGAAAGAUCCUCGCUCAAAAGACGCAUCUCAAAGGUAUCAUGCUCAUCAAUACACAAAUGGAACCAUGUGUGACCUUACAACUCAGCCCCGGGAAACUGAGGUGAGGUUCGUAUGCUCAGAGCCUAGAGCUAUGAUUAGUUCUAUCACAGAGCUAUCUACUUGCAAGUAUGCCCUUACGAUACAAUGCCCAAUGCUUUGCAAGCACCCAUUAUUCCAAGAAGAGAGACCAGUUUGGCACACCAUCAACUGUAAUGUCCUUCCCAAUUCCAAAGCAACCAAGGCAGAAAAAGACAAAGCUGAAGAUAAGCAGGUUAUUAUGGUCACAAACAUGGAAUAUCCAUCUAAUUUUGAUUCAGAUGAAUAGGUUGGACACUGCAUACAGGGACCUUUCUUUAUCAAUAUUGACUCAUGUGAAGCGAUAAAAUAUGUUCGAACUAGUUUAUAAUGCUCUGUUUUUGUAGCAAGCUUUGAACCCUGGAGAAGUUUAGGUUACUGAAUCUAAUGAAAAAAUACGUGCAUAUUUCAUGAAA